AGGUUGAGGAUUAAAAAUGUACAUAUAUAGACAAAUUUAAUGGAUUAACUAAUAGAAAGAUUAAAAAAAUACAUUUUUUAUAAUUGAGAGACCAAAAAAAUUUUAACAUUUUUAGAAUCAAACCAAUUUAAUCACUUAAUAAAAUGUUUGAACCAAUUCAACCUAUUGUUAUAUUAUAAUCAAACUAAUCUAAUUCAGAUCGAAUCAAUGUGGUUCGAUUAGAUUGAUUGAUUUUUAAUAUUAUUUUAAUUACUGCAAAUUUUUGGACCCUUCUACAACCACUCAAGGUGUAUUCCCUCUACCUUUUAACCCCCUGCUCCCUCAUUUUUUUGUUUUGAUGAAUUUACUAUGUGCACACUAAUAAGCUAAUUUCAUUUUAUAUAGACUAAAUUAAGAUCACUUCUCCUAAUAUGAAUGAAGCGCAUACCUUUGAUUGGGUAAACUAUAAAUUCCUCUUUUAAAAGCUCUGUUUAUAACUUGUAUUCAUUUCAUCUUGUUAACUUGUAUAAAAUUUGUUUACCAACAGAAGUAUUUUGCACACCAUGGAAAUCAUUGGUGUAAGAUGUAAACAUCACAUACAGGCUACAAAGCCUCAGGUGCCUAGCUGAAUAUGGCACUCAAAUGCAGCACCUGGAAACCAUCUUGGCCCCACCAUUUGAAUUAAUUGUGGGUAAUCUUUUUGUAUUCCCGAAUGUACCAGCAUUCACCACCAACUAAAUCUUUGUCCCAAUUCCACCCCAACAGUAGAGAUCAGAGGCUAAUGGAGACAUCUUUGGUGGUUGAUGUCAUCAGUGCAGUGUCCAGAAUGCAAUGCAAACAGUUUUGGGUUAUGAACUACAUCAUCUACCAUUACCGAUUUCAGUAUAUUUCCAAACAUUAUUUUUGGCAUGUAUUGUAUUGCACAUAUACACUUCAUGGUUCAUACGCUCUAAUACCGUGUGGAAUUAGAAAUAGAACUGCAGAAUGAAUUGUAUUGGAGGAAAUAUAAACUUUGUUCACAUAUAUGUAUGGAUAUUAGUUUUACCAUGUCUUGCUGAUCUUGCUGUCCGUUCUUUAUACCUUAACACAAUUGAAUAACAAAGGGUAGAGGACUACCUGAAAUCCUUGGAGCAAUCUCAGGUGAUCCUUACUUGCAUUCCUCAAAGGCUGUCUUUCAACAGAACCUAGCAAGACAAUAAGUUAAUUAGAUUGCUUUAGUCUAUGAAAAUAACCAAAAAGAACUCAUGCUCAACCCUGCAACAACUCACACAGCAGUAAAUCACAGAGAACCCAAGAGUAAACCAAAUGUUACGGGUCAAAUUGUAAAUGCCAAACUGAGGUAGUUGGUGUUUUUGGCGUUGCAGUUGAAUGUAAUGUUGUAACAAUCUAUAUGGGCAAGUUGUUUGACAUGGGUAAUCCUUUGGAACCUAUAAUGAAUAAUGAUGAAGGCUAUGUACAAGUGUUAAGGCCCAAGAAACAGCCUAAUGGCAGUAUAUAACAGGAUAUGAGGAUGUGAGAUGCAAAAUGAGAUUAUGGGGCAUAUGGUCCCUAAGUAAGGUUAUAGAAGGUGAUCUCUUCGAAUGCAGUUUCAUUGCAGUGCGUUGGUAUUCACUUACUCUAUUAAACUGUCAUGAUUUUAGUAUUUUCUUUAUCAUUAUGCGUAAAACAUAUUACUUGAUGUACAAAUUUUAUGACUUGUGAAUGAAAUUACUUUCAUUUU